CGCAGGCCACCAUAUUUGGUCGGGCAUUAUUCCGGGGAUUUCUGUGAAGGUAUUUGGUAAAUGAGAUUAACGUUCAAAUUAGCAGACGUUAAAGUGGAUGACCCCCGUAAUGUCAGUCCGUUUAGGUCUUCAGACUACAGUUCCCCCGAGGAAGAGGGAGAUCCGCCUCCAGACAGCCUUCGGACUCAGGACGGCAGCACGAAGUCUUCCCGGGGUCUCCAGCCCCCGGCCCACCCUGCAGAUUUUAGACCAGCCUCCCCGGUCGUGUGGGCCACUUCCUCAAAUAAAUCUCUCCCGCCCAGGCUCUCCCUGCUUUCCUCCCUCUCUCGUUUUGUGUCCAGACACGCACACACAGUGUUGGUUCUUUCCUCUGGAGAAGCCCAAUACGGCUUUCCAUUGUCACGUCAUCUGGAGACAGCAGCCCACACAGAGGACUUCACCGGUGUCCUUCUUGGGCAAUUCUGCUGCCUGGGUCUCGGCAUACACGAACCCUGGACUGGCUCGAGGCUUGAGCUCUGGAACUCCACAAAUACACGUGGUGGCCCCGUUCCCGGACCUUCUGACACAUCAGGCCAGGAAGGACCAGUGCAGCCCUGGGUGUCGGCUCAUCCAAGGGCUUCGUCCCUCCGUAAUGACGAAUGUCGCGUCGACGUAGAGGUGGACAAGAUGGUGGAGAAGUAGGCGGCGCUGUUUCAAC